AUGGUCCGUGGUUUGUAUACAGGAGGCGAAGAUGAUUGGGUGUACUUUGAGAAGCAGGCUGCGUCGGGCCGUUACUGUGGUCUGCAUUGUCUGAACAACCUUUUGCAGUCGCCGGCAAUAACGAAGGAGGAGAUGAACGCCGUGGGAGCAAGCAUGGAUGCAAUGGAGCGAGGUUUGGGUGGUGUUAGUGACGACUAUCAGCAUGCGAGUGGUGACGGGUUUUACAGUCUAGAUGUGUUGCAGGGUGUGUUAUUAUUGCACGAUUGGGAGAUGCGGCACUUCCGCACACCCGAGUUUUCUCGGUUGCAUCGUGAUGCCGCGGCUGAAUCGGAUGGUUUCAUCCUCAACUUGCGCGAACACUGGUUCGCUAUCCGUCCCGUUAAGGGUCGGUGGUUCUCUCUCGACUCCCUCCGUGGUCCUGAACCAAUUAGCGAAACCAUGAUAAAUGGUUUCGUCACUUCGCUUGAGAGUCGCGAUUGGACUGUCUUCGUCGUGCGCCAUAAAGAUCGCAAAACGCGUCUACCCGAACCGGAGCCCAGCCGCUGCCCACACGUGCCCAAGAUCAGCAGCAUCAACAAUGCUACCCAAUACCCCGCUUCCGGAGCCUUCUUGUCUUUCAACGCUGCCAGUAACCUUAACCAAGCUAUGGGCGGCGGAGCAGGUAUGGGCGGCGGAGCAGGUAUUGGCGGCGGAGCAGGUAUGGGCGGAGGAAGAGGCGCCGCAGUUACCAGCUCAGGGGCGGCAACUACGCAACAGCACCAGUGGCCCUCCGGUGGAGGCAACACCCUCGGAGGUGCCGCGACCACACAGUCCGGUCUAGGCGCCGGUCUUGGAGACGAAGACCCCGAGAUUCUCAGUGUGCUUCGAGAAAGCGUGCGCGAGUUCAAGGCCUCUGUCCAACCACCACCACCCGAACCCACCAGUGGCGGGACCAUGGUAAAGGUACAGGACGCUUUCGGGGCCACGUCCACUCGACGGUUCCCCCCGGAAGCCGACGUUAUGGACCUCUUCCGCUGGCUCUUUCGAGACGAAAAAAUCUGGUCGUCCCAAGUCGUCGCGCUCGGCUCCAUGCAGGAAAUCACUCUCACAGCCCAGUUCCCCAAACGAGAACUCGUCUGCCAAAAAGGCAACCGAGCCUACCUAGACGGAACCGACGUAACCAAAACGCAGAUAGAGACCCUCUUCCCCCACAUGGAAAGCUUCAAGCUCACCAAUGCCCAGUAG